AUGCCCUCUCUUUUCUCGAAUGAAUACUCCCGUGGCCCACUCUACCAGUACUGGAAAGAGCGAGGCCAGGAAGAGAAGUUCCUCCGCGGCCAACGCGUCGACGAAGCCAAGCUUCGUGCCAAAGGCUUCAAGCCUCUGGACGCCGCAUACGGGCCCAGUUCCUCAGAAAGCUACGCAAGCAGGGAAGGCAGAGGGCCGCCAGCUUACGCCCCUGCAUCUACGGAGGAGGCGCUCGCAGCAGGGAGCAGGGGCCACAUUCCAGCUGCCGACGAACUUCCCGCGUAUAUCGACACUGACGCGGGACUAGCCUCUGGGUCAGAUACGCGCUCUCGGUCCCACUCCCAGCCCCACGAGGAAGGUCUGGUGUCUGCAGAGGAGGAGAAAGCCCGGCUUCGGGCGCUGGAGGAACAGAACCAGCGGACUCGAUCUGAUGCCGCGAUCGCGAGGACCUUGUCGGAUGAAGCGCCGGACGAGGGCGAGGACGACAAAGGAAAGGAGCCAGAAGCGAGGAGGAAGAAAAGUACGGUGGGCAAAGUGGGACGGUGGCUGGCCGAUGCGGCGAGCGGGUAUACGAAGAGGCAGGAGCGGUGGUAG